UCUUCACCUAAUAUUGCAAUGUAUAUUGGAAUUGGUAUUGCUUUAGGCGCCGUUGUAAUUGGUAUCUUAGGUUUUGCUAUAUUUUAUGUAUAUAAAAAGCGCUAUUUAGAUUCAAACUUUAUUCCAACACCUG